AUGGGAAGCAGCAGCGGUCGACGGGUGGAUGAGCACAUUAGCGGCUUGGUUUGUGUGAAAGAGAAGAUAAAAAUUUCUAAAAUUGUGGAAUUUGUUGGAAGCUGUGGAGAUACAAUUACAGAAAUGACCCACUUUGUUGAUAUUGGCAAGCUCCAAUCCAAUUUGGCAAAAAAUUGUCAACCUCCAAUGCAAUUUGGCAAAAAAGUGGCAUUCUAUAGCCAAUUUUUUAUAUGGAGGCCGUAUGAUCAGAUUUUGGAUCAGUUGCCGGCGUUUUGUAGGAUUGGGAUACUCCCGUAUAGAACCCCUCUAGCAUGUGGUCGCGCUCGUGCUCGUGGAGGCGGUGGUGAUAGAGGUGGUAGUAGAGGUGGCGGUGUCAGAGGUGGUGGGGCCAGAGGGGCUGGCGGCCGAGGGAAUGGUGGCCAAGGUGGUGGGGCUAGAGGGGCUGGUGGCCGAGGGUGUAGGGACAUAGAGGGUGGGGCUAGAGGGGCUGGUGGCCGAGGUGGUGAAGGUGGAGGCCUCCGUCCAGGAGAUGAGCCUGACGAGUAUGCUACCAUUCCAGCUCCAGCCCAGCAGCAUCCGUCUACUUCAGAGGGCCCGUCGACUUCGUAG